AUGAGGAGGUCGCAGAACUCUGUUAGCGUUACGACGACGCCACAAAGCAUCAGCGUCGACUUAACGAAUCCAUCUCAUGACGUGUGGUCGGAUUGCCCCCAAUCCGGAACCACACGACCGCAUGAGCGCGCCGCGACGCUGUGGGAAGAGCUGCUGGCGGCCGCGCCGUCCCGUUGCGCCGAAGGGCCGGCGGAUUGCGGCGGAUCGACGUGGAGCGGCUACUUCAACACGCUAUCCCUGCGACGGCAUGUCUCUGCGGAUUUUUUCGCCUGCGAAACCGGCUUGAUGCAACCGCCGCGCUCCCUCUCUGCGGAUUAUGAAAACUUUUCAUCCUUGAAGGACUACUAUCCGCAGGGGACAUCAUCUCCAGCCGCACCGCGGCCAAUCGGAUUUUCCGACGUGGUUUCUGCGUUGGACCCUCGCGAUUCCCCCAAUUCACCCCUCUCCCUGGACCUCUCAUACGCGUGCUCCGUGUGUCACCUGCGGUUCGCCACGGUGCACGCCCUUGGCGGUCACAAAUCGGUGCAUAACGUCAAGACGAGACCGCAACGGAGAACUUCGCAACGAAGCAGUCCGCGGAGACACUCUGAUAAGGCGCACGCGGCGGGAGAUUCGAAUCCUGGAAAUCGGCUUGAAGGGGACGUUGUGCUGCUAGUGGAUGCUGCUGCGCGGCUCGCGACCUGCACGAACCAGGAUUCCCCAAGGGAGCGCGAUCCAACCAGCCAGAUGCAUCACACCACGUCAGGAAUGAGCGACGCUCAGCCGGCGAAUAGCUGGGGUUCUAAGGAAGGCAGCGAGUUUGUCAACAUGGGCAAACGAGCAGCACUGCUUUCGGAAAUACGAGGUUUGCUUCAGCUGAAGCGCCAGCGGUCGUGCAGCAGCUAUGAAAACGAGGAAUUUCUAGGGAUUGGGGACAGGGAUGUUCUCCGUGUUGGCGGAAGUGACUGCAUCCCCGAGACCUACGGUGGUGCUGUUGAAAUGGACGUGGUUGACCUCUCGUUGCACCUAUGA